AUGAAUGCUAACGGCAACAGUGAUGCUGCUCAGGGGAAGGCCUCUUCCAACUCCACCAUCUUCACCCGCUCCGACCGGUCCGAGUCCCUGCGGCCUGAUGUCGAGACACCGGUCCUGAAGUUCUUCCGGACUCUCUCUGAAGAGACAGACACUUCUCCCGGGAACAUCAACAGCAGUCAUGGAACAUCUGUUGAAGUCAAUGGAAAUGAGAAGACAGGAGGGGAUUCAAGUGCAGUAGGUGUGGUUCAGAAGAAUGGAGAAUCCACCACCCCCACCACAGUUGUACGGGCCAAUGAGAGAGAGGAAGUAUGUGGAACAGAGGGCUGCAGGGAAUUGGAGUCUGUGGAUUGGAUGCCACCAGGGACUAGCUGUUCUGUGGAUUGUGACAGGAAUGGAGGUCUGGCUCAAUGGAUUCCAGAAGCACAGAGUGACAUCAUGGACUUAGAGGAGAAAGAUGCAAAUGGUCCAACCAGUGGCCCUCCCCCUGGCACCACCUCCAUCCGAGCCACCUUCUCCCUCAGUUCUCCGGAGGAGAAGCCCCUCCAGCUGCCUGCCCUCUUCAGUGGUCUGAGGGUCCUAAAGAAGGGAGCGGCAGGGCCGGAUCAGGACAUAGUGGCCCUGAUCAAACCACCAUCACCAUCAGACCUGGGUGUGAACAAGCCUGUGAGGAGAGAGCAGAAGAUGGUUCGCAGGAGGCAGGGGACUUUCUUGGACCAGCUCUCCCAGUUCCUGAACAUGGAGAAGGAUGAUAACAAACCUUCUGAGACUCUAGAACCCUCAGAACCUAAGGAACCUCAGAAGCCUCCCUCCAGUGCGGAGGUGGCAUUUGAUGCGUUCAAGGCCUUUUUCGUCCCCAGGCCCCUGAGGCGGGACCAGGAUGCAGUGAAGAGGAAGGCCUGGAUCUUUGAGAGAACCUUCAAGACUCCUGAAAAGAAAACUGAUUCAAAAUCGCGGGCGUCGACCCCAGGUGAUGGAGAGGACCGGUCCACCCCAGGCCGUCUGCAGGCCAUCUGGCCCCCAACUAAGGAGGAGAAAGUGGGACUGAAAUACACAGAAGCCGAACACCAGGCAGCCCUCCUGCAGCUGAAGAGAGAAUGCAACGAGGAGAUGGAGAAGAUACAGGAGGACUUUGGAAAGCUGCUGCGCCAGAUGAGAGGGGACAAUGAGGAGCGUGUAUUCCACCUGGAGUGCAACCUGGCCCGGCUACAGAGCGACCUAGUCCUGGGUGCCCACCACCGCCGUGGAGACCUCCGAGACGUGGCCGUAUCCACGGGAGAUGACCUCUCACCCCGGAUCGUCCACAACGUCUGCGUCCAGACGGACCGCCAGACCUUUAUCAGAACCCCUGAGGAUGAGGAGGGAGGUGUCAGGCUGGGCCUCCAACCCCCCCUCAACACCCAGGGACUUGACGGCCCUCCUCCACCCCCUCCACCGCCACCAGGCUGCAGCCCUCCACCCCCUCCCCCGCCACCAGGCUGCAGCCCUCCACCCCCUCCACCGCCACCAGGCUGUGUCCCCCCUCCAGGAGGUCUUAACUACAGUGUGUUGGUGGAUAAACCCCACAGGAAGCCUGCUGUGGAACCAGCCUGUCUCAUGAAGCCUCUCUACUGGACCAGGAUACAGAUACAGGACAAAUCUCGCCAUAGUAAGGACACACUGUGGAACUCUCUUGUGGAACCAGACAUCAUCAACACCACAGAGUUUGAAGAUCUGUUCUCCAAGACCACCUUACAGACCAAGAAAAAACCUCUGUCAGAGGCCUAUGAGAAGAAAGCCAAGGCCAAGAAGGUCAUCAAGCUGCUGGAUGGGAAGCGUUCCCAGGCCGUAGGGAUACUCAUCUCUAGUCUGCACCUGGAGAUGAAUGACAUACAGCAAGCUGUGCUGACGGUGGACAACUCCGUAGUGGACCUGGAAACCAUCCAGGCUUUAUACGAAAACAGAGCCCAGCCCGAUGAGCUGGAGCGGAUAAAGAGACACUACCACACUUCAGAGGAGGAACUGGUCAAGUUGCUGGACAAACCUGAACAGUUCCUCUAUGAGUUAUCUCAGAUACCAGACUUCCCAGGCAGAGCUUCAUGUAUCAUCUUCCAGUCUUUCUUCAUAGACGCCAUCGCCUCCGUACAGCGCAAGGUUGACAUCGUCUCUCGCGUCUGCAAGGAUCUGUUGGAGACCUCCAGUGUGAGGGAAGUAAUGGGUCUGGUUCUAGCUCUGGGGAACCACAUGAACGGGGGCAACGGGACCAGAGGACAGGCUGACGGCUUUGGACUGGAGAUCCUGCCCAAACUGAAAGACGUCAAGAGCAGGGACAAUCGAAUCAGUCUGGUUGACUACGUGGUGUCAUACUAUCUCCGCAACCUGGAUGAGAACGCUGGGACAGAGAGAAGUGUCUUCCCUCUCCCCGAGCCUCAGGAUGUGUUCCUGUCAGCCCAGGUCAAGUUUGAAGACAUCACCAAGGAGCUGAGUCAGCUGAGACGGGACCUGACAGUGUGUGAGAAAGAUGUUCAGAAGGUGUGUUCCAGCUCUCCAGACGAACACCUCCAGCCUUUUAAGGACAAGAUGGAGGCGUUCGUUCUGAAUGCGCAUAAAGAGCAAGAUGAAAUGCAUGCCCAGUUGAUGUUUGCACAAAAAAGCUUCCACGAGCUGGUGACGUUCUUAGGACUGAAGCCCAAGACAGGAGAGACCGAAGUGGCGACAGGUCACUUCUUUAUGCUGUGGUUUGAGUUCUGUACCGACUUCAUGACCAGGUGGAGGAGAGAGAACAAGAAUAUCUCCAAAGAGAGACUGAAAGAUGCUCAGCUGUCAGUGAAGAAGAUCACAGCAGACAAGAAGGUGGAGACUAGGAAGAUCAACCCUAACAGUCUGAAAGAGAGACUGCGCCAGAAAGAAGCAAACAUGGUGGCCACAAGCUGA